CUGUCUCCUCCCCCUUCCUUCUUAAAUCCGGCUCCCGGACGCCUGGGUCCAUCCUGGGCAGCACGGGGCUCCCGGAGCGGGGUGCACGAUGCCGGCGCCUUACACGCGGAUUCUGGGUCUUGGAGCUUCCUCUCUCAGGUGCUGGUCUGCAGCCCCGGUGCGCUGGGCCCACGCCCCACGCGUGGUGCAUGGAGACCUUGGCAAACUCUCAGGACGUGUGCAGGAGUUUGUGGACCAUGGGGUGCGGCUCUGCCAGCCAGCCAACAUCCACAUCUGUGACGGGACUGAGAAGGAGAACGGCAAAAUCUUGAACUUCCUGGAGUCGGAAGGAGUCAUCAAGCCCCUCGUCAAAUAUGAGAACUGCUGGCUAGCCAAGACUGACCCCAAGGAUGUGGCCCGGGUGGAGAGCCGGACAGUCAUUGUGACCGAUAACCAGAGGGAGACGGUGCCCAUCCCCCCCACAGGGGUCAAAGGGCAGCUGGGCAACUGGAUGAACCCCCAAACAUUUCAGGAAGCCGUGGACGACCGGUUCCCUGGCUGCAUGAAAGGCCGCACCAUGUACGUCAUCCCCUACAGUAUGGGCCCCAUCGGCUCGCCCCUCUCCAAGAUCGGGAUCCAGCUCACGGAUUCGGCAUAUGUGGUUGCCAGCAUGCGCAUCAUGACCCGCAUGGGCACUGCGGUCCUCCGCACCCUGGGUGACGGGGAGUUUGUCAAGUGCCUGCAUUCUGUGGGGCGGCCCCUGCCUCUGGAAGAAGAACUGGUGAACAGUUGGCCUUGUAACCCUGAGAAGACCUUAAUAGCACAUGUCCCAGAACGCCGAGAGAUCGUGUCCUUUGGCAGCGGCUAUGGGGGCAACUCCCUCCUGGGCAAAAAGUGUUUUGCCCUCCGGAUUGCCUCUUGCAUUGCCAGAGAUGAAGGCUGGCUUGCUGAACACAUGCUGAUCCUGGGGAUCACAAACCCAGAGGGGAAGAAGAAGUACGUGGCCGCAGCCUUCCCCAGUGCUUGUGGAAAGACAAACAUGGCCAUGAUGAACCCCACCCUGCCUGGCUGGAGGGUGGAGUGCGUGGGAGAUGAUAUCGCAUGGAUGAAGUUUGAUAGCGAAGGUUGCCUGCGUGCCAUCAAUCCCGAGAAUGGCUUCUUUGGGGUGGCACCGGGUACAUCUACCAGAACCAACCCCAACGCCAUGCACACCAUCCAGCGGAACACUCUCUUCACCAACGUGGCCGAGACCAGCGAAGGGGGCGUCUACUGGGAGGGCAUCGACCAAAUGAUCCCCUCAGGGGUAACCAUCAGCACCUGGCAAGGGAAGCCCUGGAAAAUCGGUGACAAGGAGCCUGCUGCCCACCCCAACUCCCGCUUUUGUGCCCCAGCCCGCCAGUGCCCAAUCAUGGACCCAGACUGGGAGUCCCCCAAGGGCGUCCCUAUUGAUGCCCUCAUCUUUGGGGGCAGAAGACCUGCAGGUGUGCCCUUGGUGUACGAGGCCUUCAACUGGCGCCAUGGCGUCUUCGUGGGCAGUGCCAUGAGGUCGGAGUCCACCGCAGCAGCUGAACACAAAGGCAAGGUCAUCAUGCACGACCCAUUUGCCAUGCGUCCCUUCUUUGGUUACAACUUUGGUCGCUACCUGGAGCACUGGUUAAGCAUGGAAGAGCGUAAGGGUGUCCGUCUUCCCAAGAUCUUCCAUGUCAAUUGGUUCCGGAAAGAUGCUGCCGGGAACUUCUUGUGGCCGGGAUUCGGGGAGAACUCUCGGGUGCUUGACUGGAUCUUCCGCCGUUGUGAUGAAGAAGAUAGUGCCAAGGAAACGCCCAUUGGGUACAUUCCAAAAGAUGGUGCCUUAGACCUGACAGGCCUAAACAAGGUGAACUAUCAGGAGCUUUUUUCACUGCCUAAGGAGUUCUGGGAACAGGAAGCGCGGGAAGUGAGGCAGUACCUGACAGAACAAGUGAAUGAGGACCUGCCCAAGGAAGUGACGAAGGAAUUGGAGGCCUUGGAGGCACGGGUGAAGAAGAUGUGAAGGACCUGAAAAAAAGAAAUCUGACCAAAGACACAUCUUCUGUAUCUCCUAGGGGGAGAGGGAGGAGAUGACAGGGAGCUUGUUUACAAAAUUUCCCUUCCCUACUUCUGAUGGUUCUCUAGCCAUCAAGAGUCAGCCAUUUUGUUCCCCUGGUCAUGAGGCAGCCAUCUUGCUUCCUUGGCAAUAUGAGCUGUACACAUAUUCUUUAUAUGAGUCAGUCGUCUUGGUUUUUUGAUACAUCUGCUUUUAUCUCCUAUCUCUUGUCCCACUAUUGUGCCCUGGUUCUAGGAAAAGGCAGUGGAAGGAAUCUGUCCUCUUGUUCCUUCAACUAUUUGUUGGUUCUCUUUUGCAUCUAUGUUCUUGCCCAUGUCCCACCCAUUUUACCAAGUGCUUUUUAACCUUUCGCAGAGCGUCUUUUCCUUCUCACAGAAGACCUGACUUUGGAGGCUGCUUAUGGGAAGGGGGUGAUGCAAAAAUGUUUGGGGAAACACAACCUCUCAUGCUAGCUUAGUCUGUAUACACAAAUCCCAACUUGCCUUCACUCGGGCAUGAAUGUAGAAGCAGUUGCCUUGGUAGUUAGCUGUGAUGCCUGUUGAGUUAUUUCAGGGAAGCGGCCAGGGCUGACAGCAAUAGAAACUGUGGCAUUCUCAAACAGAGGCUGGAUCAGAGGCUGUCUGUCAGGGAUGCUGUAGCCGUUUCCAGCACUGAGCAGGGGUUGGACUUGGUUCCCAACCUGGCCGCCUCCAGAUGUUGCUGAACUACAACUCCCAUCAGCCCCAGCUACAAGGUCUUGGGUCCAGGUUGGAAACCACUGGUCUAGAAGAUCACAGUCACUUCCAACUCCAACAUUCUAUGAGAUCAUCAUAAUGCAGAUACCAUUUCCUCAGCAGAACCUUCAAACUGUGUAUGUUGUAGCUGUUAAUCAACUGAGCAGUUGGUGCUAAUCCAUAAUGUUUAGGUCCAUGGCAAAUGCUGACACUGACUGGAAUAUGGCACAGGCCAUACUGAGUGACUGUAUAUGCACAGUUCCAUCCUUUUGAACUACCCAUUAAAUGCAUAAUGCUUCCUUCAGAAUCCA